AUUCCCCAACAUGCUUUGAGAGUGACAGGGUGUGCCAUUUUAACACACACACACUGUCUGUCGGAGUGAGUUGACAUGGGAGGACAGGAAGAAGAGAAAAGGGGUUUUGGAGAAACAAAUGCCAACCACUUCAGGAAAAGGUGUUUCUCAAGUCGCUCCCAUGAAGGGAAUAACACAUCUGCUGCUGCUGGCAGCAUUUGUGCUCCUGGGAGGAUGUGAUGGAAAGCCACAAGUUUCUAUAUCACCCGCAAUCACUGAUAUCUACACCGGGGACUUAAUUUAUCUGAAAUGCUCAGAUAAAAGCAAUGUGAUUUGGUACUUCAACGAAAACAAAACAGAUUCACAGACAAGCGACACCUGGAAGAUAGGAGUAGCUUCACAAAUGAACUCAGGCUCUUAUCGAUGUGAGAGCGGUGGGCAAAAGAGUGACGCUUUAUCCAUCACAGUCAAGGCUUACAUUCCCGUUGCAAAACUCAGCAUCAAGACAGGCCAGCCAGAGAUGCAGGAGGGAAGUUCGGUUGUUCUCGUGCUUGAGAAUAGGGAUGGUCUUUCGGGGUGGAAGUGCUGGGUCAAUAGGGGACCGGACACAAAAAAGAUUGUGUUAAGGUUGAAAAACGAUUCUGUGAGUUUAGACUUUCAACCUCGACAACUGUUGGUCCGGGAGACAAUUUUCUGGUGUUCUGAUGAUCAACAACGAAGUAACCAAAUCACAGUCAGGACCUCAGAUAAAAGUGUCGCGCUGGAGAUGUAUCCUGUGCCUGCUGUAGUCGGGGAGACUCUGACUCUGCAGUGCCUGGUCUGGGGUACAAAUCUAAUCAGCAAUACCAUUUUCUUCAAAGACAAUAACACCUUGUCGAACAGCAACAGUCCUAUCUACACAUUCUCUAACGUGAGCAAAUCUGAUAUGGGAAGCUAUAGCUGUAAAGCUACUUAUACAUACAUACAGAAACCUGCCGGCGAACCAUACCAACAGUCCUCUGAUAAUCAAGAUAUGUUGAUCCAAGAGCCUACUGAAAUGAGGGCUGUUCUCUCUCCCUCAGGGACUUUCAUGUCAUGUUCUUGUCCAAAUUGCCCCAGUCAAACUUCCUAUCAUUGGUACAAGAAAAGCGGUCAUAACUGUAUGUGGACGAGUGAAGGCCAAACACUAUAUCCGGACGACAGCGGUCCCUAUGUAUGUGAAGCUGCGUGGAAGAACGGGAGGACUCCUCACAGCAAGGUCCACAAAUUCAUUUCAGGGAAACCUUCAAUGAUGCCUUUGAUUUUAUCCGCUGUGAUGGUCGUCCUGGGAAUUCUAGUUUUAGUAGCUGUGUUCCUUUAUAGAUCUCGUAGGAAGAGAAAUACAACAGGACCAAUUUACGAGGAUUUGCCAAUGAAUCCAGGAGAGGACAAAUACCAGGUGCUGCAGAAGGGUCCCGAAAAGGAGGCCGAGUACGACCUCCUUCAGACGGAAGCAACAGGUGGACAGAUGAAAAGGGGGGAGUAUGAGGCACUGAAUAAAGAUGAAAUGAAAGGGGGAGUGUACCACACUGUGAAAAUCGAGGGUGCAGUUGGAGCAGAGGGAGGGUAUGAAGCACUGAAGAAAGAUGAAAUGAAAGGGGGAGUGUACCACACUGUGAAAAUCGAGGGUGCAGUUGGAGCAGAGGGAGGGUAUGAAGCACUGAAGAAAGAUGAAAUGAAAGGGGGGGAGUACCACACUGUUAAAAUAAAGGGGGAAGUUGGAGCAGAGGGAGGAUAUGAGGCACUGAAGAAAGAGGGAAUGACAGGGGGGGAGUACCACACUGUGAGAAUCGAGGGGGCAUCUGGAGGAGAGGGAGGAUAUGAGGCACUGCAGAAAGAGGGAAUGAAAGAAGGGGAGUACCAAACCCUAGGAAUGGAGGACAAGGGUGAAAGUAAGCUAUCAAAGAAGAAGGACAAGGACUGAGGAUAUGAGAUAGUGAGGGAAACGGAGGACAAGGCAGAGAAACAAAAGACUAGGCAUGGAACAGAUAGGUCUCUGUAGCUUCAGUCAUGCUUUUAAUUUGUUUUACUGAAAAGUCAGGUAAUGUCUUGGUCAUGAUGUCCAAAUCAUAUGAUUAAACAGUGCUAUGUGGGGAAUGUAAAUAACUUUAGGUGGCUUUCGCUCAUGGAUUCAGAAAAAAACUGAUCUAAAGAAGAAUCUUUGUACAUUGUAAACAAAGCAUUGCGGUUUGCAUAAAAAAGCUUAUGAAAGUUAUAUAAAAGCUUUAAAAUAAGGCCAGGGAGAAAAUGUGUUUUUUUCUAUUGCAAAUAUAAGAUGGAUUGCUUGAUCAAAUUCAAAUAUGUGCGUAAACUAAUGCAGUAUGCUUAUAUUUCUUUGAAAAGCCACAUAGUUUCCUUUGUACAAUUAGUGAGAAUGUGGUGAUAAAUUGCCUCUUUUGACUAAGAAUACGUAUUUGCAUUAACAACAUAGAAUCUGCUUUAGCAUUCACAUGUAAAAUCCCUUUGCAUAUCAGUGUGUGCUGAUCAGAUAUCAGAUCAAUGGGUAUUUUAAAUGUGUAGCUACAGUGUCAUUCCUGAUGUAUUUUAUGUGCUCAAAUAAAGUUGUUUUCGUACAAUUA